AUGUACAACGGCGUUGGGCUCAAGACAGCUCGUGGCAGCGGCACAAACGGCUACGUCCAGAAGAACCUCUCCGCUCUUUCCAACGGGCGCGAGCGUAGCCUACGCGACCGUCGAGAUGACAGAGACUGGUCAGAUGCGCCUUCUCGCAAGCCAGAUGCCGGGAUUUUGGAACACGAGCGCAAGCGAAAAGUUGAAUUGCAGUGCUUGGAGCUGCAGGUCGAACUCGAAGACAAGGGCCUAUCAGAGGAAGACAUUGAGAGACAAGUCUCCGACCUUCGCACCUCACUGCUACGCAACCUAUCUGUAGCGCCCACCAGAGCCGAAGCCAAGCAGCUUCGCCCGUCUGACGUGCACAAACUGCAGGCGGCGAAAGAGGUAGAAUCAUCCAAGUUCCAGAGAGCGCUCGGCGUAUCAGCCGACUACAGGGAAGGUGAUGCCUUUAACCCUGAAGUCCAAGAGAGACGCAAGCUAGAGCGCAUCGAGGAGCGCAAACGGAGAGAUGAAGAAAGAGUCAGAGUGGCCGCAGAGAGGGAGGCUGCAUACAAAGCUGCACGUGCCGCGCGAGAGAAGGAAGAACAAGAUCGUCGAGAUUUCCAGAAUGAGCUGGACAGGAAGCGCAGUCGAGAUGACCCAAAGUCCCCGCCCGACCGCAUCUCGUAG